UAUCCGGUUCAGUUCAGGACGUUGUCCGUCUUGUUUUUGUUUUUCAAACUGGGUCAUUUCGACGCUUUCUACCACUUCAGCAGCUGUAAACUUCACUCUCAUCCAUUCGGCUUUCAAAAUGGGAUGCGAUGGUGGAACUAUUCCCAAAAGACAUGAGUUGGUGAAAGGACCCAAAAAAGUCGAGAAGGUUGACAAAAAUGCAGAAAUGGCUGCCAAAUGGAAAUACUGCGCCCUAAGUCAGGAGAAACUCAGACGUCCAAUUGUUGCCUGCGAACUGGGAAAGCUUUAUAACAAAGAUGCUGUCAUUGAAUAUCUUCUGGAUAAGUCUGCUGAGAGACCGAACGCUGAGGCUGUGACACAUAUUCGUGGAACCAAGGAUAUAAAAGAACUCAAUUUGACUGAUAACCCAGAGUGGGAAGGAGAGAGAAGGAACACCAAAGGAGACAGAUAUGAGGACAUCCACUGUGGAAUGUUUAUUUGCCCUGUUGUCGGGUUAGAGAUGAACGGCAGGCAUAGGUUCUGUUACCUGCAGACAUGCGGUUGUGUCUUCUCGGACCGUGCCCUCAAGGAGGUGAAGACCGAAAUCUGCCACAAGUGCGGUGACCCCUUUCAAGAGUCAGACAUCGUCGUGCUUAAUGGCACUAAGGAGGAGGUGGAGAAGCUGACGGAGAAGAUGGAGGAGAGGCGAGCCAAAGCCAAAACUAAAAAGUCUAAGAAGAGCAAAGCUGCUGAAAGUGCAACCACCUCAUCAAAACCAAAAGAUGACACAGAAGUUAAGGUAGCACAAAAUGGCGAGGUCCACAACAGCGAGGGAAGCAGCCAAUCAGAUGUAGCAGGACCCUCGGGUUCCUUGGGCGCCUCCAAAGGCAGCAAGUUGUCAUCAUUGUCGUCAUCAUCGGCCGCCUCGAAGAGGUCCAUCCAAGAAAUGGAGGAGAAGUCUGAAGCCUUCAAGUCUCUCUUCACCACCCACAGCUCUGCCAAGCGUACCAAAGAUCAGAUCUCCAACUGGGUCACCCACACACCCUACCACUUCUAAUUCUCUCUUAUCACACACACACACACACAACCCUCCCUUGCCACCCUGGCGUUCACCCCUGUUGCUCCAUGUUUAGUUAAUGUGGUGGACAGUUUAAUGACUCCCCAGGCUGCCCACUUUUUUGUUUUGCAUCAUCUCCCCAUGGAUAAAGGUCUCCCGCCCCCCUUUCUCUCAGGUGAUUUGAACAUUUUUUUUGUUGUAGUUCUCCUAGAAAAGUGUGUAAUCCUGUGCUUAGUUUAACCCCCACAUGCUCUCUUUACGACAUUUAAAUGAGUAGUCAUUUGUAUUACACAUGCAUUUGUGGCAUAAGCAAGUCUCAAAGUAAAUUAACAUAUUAAACAAUU